AUGAGUAAAGGUCAACUAUGGUUGUUGAUUCUCUUUUGUUCUGCUCUAUUUUUUGAUUUUGCUUACGGGAAAGCACUAUACCCUGUUCAUACAAUUGAUAAAGCUUGUGCGGUAGGUUUCAACUCUGCCAACAUGAAUAUGAAGAAAACGUUUGAGAUAUGGAGUGGGGCAACGAUUCCAGUAGAUUCUUUGCCUGGAGAUACAAAGCUCUUCACUGGAUUUAAAGUACACAGGGUAUUUUAUUUUCACCAGCUAUAUAAAAGAUCAGGGAAAGCUUUGAAGAUAACUUAUUGUAACGAGGGUAAAGUUGUCUUUGAAACUGAGAAGCAACUUACUAAUGAUGUAAAGGAUUGGAACCAACCGUGGUGUUUUUUUGAAUCUAAAGAACAGGAAAAUCCCAAUAAUAGUUUGAAGAACUUUCAUUGUUUAAAAAUGGCCAGAAGAAAGAAGUAUGCGAUCCGUCCAUUUGAUGUUUUUAUACCCUACACUUGGGUUGGCGGUUUGUUUUAUUGUGAUGUGGAUAUGGAUGCCAAACAAACGAUAUUUCAAUCUUUACAGAGUGAUGGAAUAAGUACAUCAAAUGCAAUGGAAUUUUGUUCUUUAUCUAAUUCGAUACCAAUUCAGCCAUUGUAUGCAUCGACUUAUUCUGAUUCCUGGUCAGAAGUUAUGGCUAAGAAAUUAAUCCCAUUCAUCACUCUCCUGUCAAAGCGAAAAACAAAGACAUAUGUUCCAUACUUACAGACCCCGAAUUUGUCUAUGGCUCCGACUAACUUUAGUUUGAGCUCAUAUUACAUGAAUACAAGUAUGUCCCAGAUACCUGACUUCAAGAGCAAACUUUCCACAAAAGAACUUCUCAUCGAUUGGUAUUCAAGAAGGAAAUCCUCAAAAGAGUUGUCCUGGUUUCAAGAGAUUGAAGUUUCAGAAAGAUAUCAUUAUGAUAAAGAAGAUAAUUUCAAACUCACGUUGGCAACAGAAAAAUUGAAAGAUAUUAUUUCGCCUUUGCUUCAGCUUUCAACCAUAGAACAGGACAAACUAUCUUUACCUUGGAGGACAUUGAAUAAAGUGGCCACAACUAAGUUAUGGAAAACUUUAAGUAUUACGGAUAAAAUAAUGGCAGCAAACCUAACACGAGUACUAGAAAAAUGCUCAGUUUUCCUUAACUAUUGGGAUAAUAUGCACGUCUCAGAUGAAUUGUUUGAAUAUGUGCACCCGUAG